AUGUCUUACCAACAGAACUCCCAACUCUUCGCAUACCUCGACGACUCCCAACUGUAUGGGUCGCCUCCCGCUUUCCCAUAUCUUUCGCCACCGACGCCACCGAAUCUCCCCCUCUCGCAACUAUCCUACUCUCGCCCCGCCUAUGAGCAAAGCUGUCAGGAGUGGGAUCAGUUCCUACCAACAAUAGGGGUGCCGUACCCCAUGUACAUGCCGAUGGCAUCGCCGCCAUCUGUCACCUCGCCCGGCCAGUUCUACGGCCAGCCCUGGACAUCGGAGGAGAUAGCGCAUCCUCAACCGUAUAUCGAUGUCGCUGCCUUUCGUCCUUCGAGCGACCCCUCGAAGCUAUUCCCGAACGAUAGUCAAUGGUCAUCUGCAUCUGGUGUGUCGACUUACACUGCACCAUUGACCUCCCCCACGCCAUCCAUGACCUACGCCAGCACGGCGUCUUCUCGUGCGUCGACCUUGUCGAGGUCAUCCCCAUCAACUAGCCCAUCUAGGAUCUUCAGCGAGGAUCCCCACAUAGACGAAGAUAUCGAUAUCUUCGCAUAUCUGGGGGGCACGCCCAACUCUGCGCUCGGGCUCGCGCAC